CUCAAAACGAAACGGCAAGGAGAAGUUUUUCACUAACUUGUUUGCUGUUGUGACAUGUUUUGGAACAUUCUUAUAUCAUAUUUAUGGUACAGACAAAACAAAAUCACAUUAGAGAUAAAUGCUGUCAACUGAAAAAAACACAAUAUGAAGACAAAAUGAAAAAAUAUUGAUCAGUGAGCGGAAAUCACUGACUGACCAUGUCAACUGGGACAAAGAUCCUGUGGUCACCCACGCAAAAAGACCAGUAUCUCACCUACGGGUCGAUAGUCAAUCUGUACAAGGUCAUCCGAUGCAGUGAUAGUGAUGCUUUCAAAGGAAUUCAAGCAACAAGAUUAUCUGAUGAUACUUAUGGUAUCCAUUUGGCUGUUAAUUCUGGGAUACAAUAUCUGAAGACUGUUGCCUGGUACCCUGGCAAAGACGAACAGGGCAAUCUUAUAGCUGUAGGACAGCCUAAUGGCAAAAUAAUCCUCACCAGUUUUGGACAGCCUGGUGGCAGUGAUUUGGUGGGAAAGGAAUUCAGUCCUAAACACACCAGAUCAUGUGUUUACUUGGCAUGGAAUCCAGAGGAAACCAAUUUGAUAGCUGAAGGUUUAGAGAAGUACCGAAGUGACCCCUGUAUCCUGAUAUGGGAUAUCCACUCCAAGCCAGGCAAUGAGCUCACUUCAACGCUGGAGAGACAACGCUACAGCUCCUCCAUUAGUGAAUCCAGUGUGAUCACUAAACCUAUAACAGAACUAGGUCCGGGUGACACCACUGGAUCCCUCGCCUGGUUCCACAAGGACACCAAAACAUUUGCAGCAGGAAUGGGCUCAAAGUACAUCAAGAUCUUUGACUUAAGAGAGACGAGUAGACAACACCUGACCACGAACACAAAGAGUGUGUACGGAAUCUGUAUGGACCCCAAGAACGAUUAUAGAUUAGCAUCCUACCACGAGAAUCAAGUUUCAGUCUGGGACAUCAGGAACUUUGAUAAACCUAUAAUGACAUUUCCUGAAACAAAGCCUGUAGUUCAAAUUGGUUGGUGUCCAACCAGAAUGGGAUUUUUAGCUGUGUUGGUGAAGGAAACUUCUGCUGUAAAGCUAUAUGAUAUCCGUCACAUACCAAUGGGUGCUGAUGAUUUGGACCCUGCCAUCAUAGAGAGGAAUGUCCAGUGUUAUGCUAACCAAUGCAUGGCUUUUUCCUGGCACCCUACGGAUGAAAACCGCAUGCUGACAGUGUCACAGACCGGAGCAGUCAAGGACAUAACCGUACACGAGAGAAUUCCUGUGAUGUGGUCAUCACAGUUUCACCUGUCCUGGGCCUGUGGUAAAAGAAUGGUUGAUGUUGUGUCCCCAAAAAACAGCCAGACUAUUGAUAUAUCACAGAGGAUUCGACAGCGCAUUACCAAGGGAUACGGUACACAGACAGUAAAUGUGGAGCAUAAUGCCCAUGUAGUCAUCGAAGAACAACACCUACGAGGGAUGUGGCGAUGGCUGUCUGUAACCAGACAGUUAGUGGAUGAGAACAGACAAACACAAACUAAGAUAAAUAUAUCCCGAUGUACGGGAAUCAAAAGUCUCCUACAACAGGAGACUGACACCAGUAACAAUGCGAGUUACUGGCCGUGGCAGGAAGUCGACGGUAAUGUACUGAGUAACCUGAAGACAAUGAGGAUUUACUCCAGCGAGGAAAGGAGGAGAGCUCUACAGUUGUGUGGGUGGAGAAACAAGGAGAUGGUGGAUGUGUUCCUGGAGGAACUUGAGACAAAAACGGAAUACACCAAGGCUGCUGCUAUAGCUUUGUUUAACCUGAAGAUGGGCAAGUCUAUACAGAUCUUGAGUAAGACGGCCACAAAGCAAGGUUAUGAAAACCUAAGUGCGGUUGCCAUGGCGAUAGCUGGGUACACAGAGGAACAACAGACGAUGUGGCGUCGUACCUGUGGAUCUCUACUCCAGACUGUCCACGAUCCCUACCUCCGGGCCAUGUUUUGCUUCCUUGCGAGUGAUAAGGAAAACUAUGAUGAAAUUCUGAAUGACCAUGAAUGUAUGACAGUGGCUGAUCGACUGGCAUUUGCUUGUAUGUACCUAUCGGACCAAAAGUUAAAGGAGUAUGUUGACAGUCUGAGCAGUAUUAUGAAGGACGAGGGAUGUUUGGAUGGCUUACUUCUCACAGGACUGACAUUGGAGGGAGUGGAACUACUACAGAACUAUGUCGAUAGGACAGGUGACGUCCAGACUGCCGCCCUCGCCGCUGUCUUCACAUUUCCUUGUGAGAUGUCACACAAUGACAAGGUCAUCACAUGGAUUGAAAGUUAUAGAGAACUGCUGGAUAGAUGGAAACUCUGGCACGAAAGAGCAGAAUUUGAUAUCAUCCGCCACUCCAGCGACAGUCACAGUUCCAUGCGACACAAUCGACCCCAGGCGUAUGUAAGCUGUAACUUCUGUGGGAAGUCCAUAGCCUGUAAUACUCAGGCUCCAUUCCGACUCAUGUCCCGCUCCAUGAUGUCCAUGUCAGCCAACAAACCAAAGAUAAGUUGCUGUCCAGGCUGUAGGAAACCACUACCCAGAUGUGCUGUGUGCCUGACCAACCUAGGGACUCCCUCAGGGUCAACACUUUGUCAACAGAUCGAACAUAAAGAUUUGGAGAACAAGUUGACUCCAUUAGACGACUGGUUUACAUGGUGUCAGACUUGUCGCCAUGGCGGCCAUGCUUCACACAUCACCUCUUGGUUCAAAGAUCACCCACAAUGCCCUGUAACAGGAUGUGACUGUAAAUGUGCAACCUUGGACCCUAUUGGACGACUGAAAGCUACUUCACCAAUAGUGCCUGCUGGGAAGGCCUGACCUUACAUGAGCUCUAGUAUUCCUAUCCAGAGUGUUUUAUUAGACAAAAUGUGCAAUAAAGGAUUCCACAAAUUAUACCUUUCAUUCUUCCUACAUAAUCCAUCAACUCAAGAAUCAAGACACAGCAGACUGUCGUUGUUUUGCAGCUCACCCUAGGCCUUGUGAUGUGAAUUUAUAAAAGGAAUGAAAACUGUGACACUGAGUGAGGUUAAAUUCAAUACAUGUGACAAUACAUGUUUUGUUGUACAUUUCAUUUUAAAUUUCAGGUUUUCAUCUUGCUCACAAUUUGUACAAUGUUGAUAUAAUUGUACAUUUAAGUCAUCAUUAAUAGGUUUCCAUGGUAACCUUUGUCACCAUUGAAUUUAUGAUGACGAUGUUAACUC